ACAAGUAAAGUAGAUAAAGUUUAUUGUACCAUAAUUCAGUCUGAUAUUGCUGUGUCAAUUCGAGCUUUUCAUUUUUUUUGUAAUAAGUUUAUUAAGUAUUUCAUACUACAUGAUGUAAGCGGUUUCAAUCAUGGCCGACAAAGGUGACAAGAAUGAAGAAGGAUUCACAGUUUUAAGCCCUAAAUUGACAGCAGGGCCAUUAGGAUUAGGGGACCCUGAUGAUACAUACCUGCGAAAGGUGGAGGUAGAAAUUGUUUAUAAGAAGAUGAGGGAAACAUCUGCAUUGCGCUGUGAGGAAGAAAGUCGUGAUUUCCAUGAAUGCAUGAAAGCCAACCCAAACGCUUCUUUUUCCUGGAGAUGUCGCAAAGCUAUGCAAGGUCUAAAGAGAUGCCAAAAUGAAUGGUUCAAGAAGGAUGGAUUCUUUGAAGAAAUGAGAGAUGAGUAUAUAAAACAAAGAGCCGAGUUUAGAAAAACUGGGGUGUGCAGAAUGGCGAAAGAAACAGAGAAAAGGUUUGAUCAGGAAUUUGAAGAAUGGGAGCGCACACACAAAACAAGCUGAUAUACAGUGUAGAGAUUCUUGUCUGUUUUUGCUAUUUGUAUCUUUUUUGUUCAUAAGAAAUGUUUUAUAAAUCAGAAAUAGAAAAUGUUGUUGUUUUGUCAUAGCAUUGUCAUUUAUGAUGAUAUUUAUUUGCUCUGAACAGAAAUUGUGUAACAGUCGAGAUGGUUAUGGUUAAUAACUUUCUAGUUUCCACACAUGAUUGUGUGUUUUUUACUGAAUAAUAUUUUAUGUAUAAGGUUUUUUUGUUUUUUGUUAAGAUUUAGAUACAGUCGAAAUCUGUUGGCUUGAUAUCUCAGGGACUGGCCAAAAUACUUCGAGGCUCGCAAAUAUCGAGCCAAGCGGGAAUGCUUACAAUUUUUUUUUUUAAAUUGGUCCUUUACAUCCAGUUCGAGCCAUCGAGGAAUUCGAGCCAAGCAAUAUUGAGCCAACAGGUAUUGACUGUAUUAUCACUGUUUAAAAGUUUAAAAAACAGUGACAUAGAAUGUUCCAUACUGAAUGGAAUUAAAUAUUGGAAAAGUG